CUGUAAUCUCUGGACUUCGUUUGCUCAAAAAUUUUGACAUAAAUUUUUUGUUGACUAAAUUAAGGAUAUAAACUGUCAUAAUCUCUCUCGUUUAUAAAAUCUUAAUAUCGUUCCUGGGUUUUACUGUACAUAGCUUGACCUGCAGCUUCAAAAUGGCAGAACUAGCUGCGCUAUUACAAACGGAAAUACCUGAAGGUCGUAAUCACCUCACGGAUAGUCAUACAAAUCUGGAACGGGUUGCUGAAUACUGUGAGGCUAAUUACUUCCAAUCUGAGAACAAACGACUAGCUCUUGAAAGCACAAAAAACUAUACUACGCAGUCUCUCGCAAGUGUCGCCUAUCAAAUAAAUACACUUGCAUACAACUUCCUGCAACUCUUGGAGUUACAAACCAUGCAGUUAGCCGAGAUGGAAGGGCAAAUGAAUCAUAUAGCACAGACUGUUGCUAUUCAUAAGGAGAAGGUAGCACGGAGAGAAAUUGGUGUGCUAACAGCAAAUAAAGUGACAAAUAGACAGUAUAAAAUCAUUGCUCCAGCCAAUCCUGAGAAACCCAUUAAGUAUGUAAGGAAGAGCAUUGAUUAUACAGCUCUAGACGACAUAGGCCACGGUGCUCACUGGAACAGUGGCAUGAGCGGGACGCCUCGUGGCCGUCGCUCAGGCUCUGUUCCUGGUGCUGCUCCACUCCCCGCACCCACUACCAAGCCUCCCACACCACCAGCUGCUGUUCGAUCUGCGUCCGCGUCUAAUACUGGCACGCUGGGACGUGGUACUUUGGGUAAAUCAUCCCGCGAGUACCGCACCCCACCAGCCGUCGCGCCGCCCCAAGUGCCGUCGCACUACGCACCCAACUACCCUCGCAGACCACCUGGCUACUCUACACUGCCGGUUGCUCAACCACAGGUUGGCAUGGUGCAUCCGAAUCAACACCAAUCUUCCACAAAUUAUUCACAACAAGACCUGCACGCUAGUAUGCCUCCACCACCAUCUCCAUUGAUUGGUUCGGACGGCGAGCACAGCCAACAUUCCAUGAGCCUGCCAGGUCAGCGCGCGUCAUCGUCGUCGGGCGGCGGCGGGUCGGCGCGCGGCGGGUCGGUGUCGCCGCCGCUGCCGCCGCCGCCGAUGGACGACGAGCUCGCGCACGACGCGUUCGGCCGGCCACAUCACAUGGGCAACAAAAUGGGUACUCAAUAUACAAACGCGGUGCCAGCUAUAGUGCCCGAUGAAGAGGACUUGCCUGGAUGGGUGCCUAAGAAUUACAUUGAAAAAGUGGUAGCGAUAUACGACUACUACGCGGACAAAGAGGACGAGCUUUCGUUCCAAGAGAGCUCAGUGAUAUAUGUGCUGAAGAAGAACGACGACGGAUGGUGGGAGGGAGUCAUGGACGGGGUCACGGGAUUGUUCCCCGGGAAUUAUGUUGAGCCAUGUGUUUAAAUUUAUGCGUUUUAUGAGUAAUUUUUAGAAAAAAAAAGAGUGCGUGUACUUAUGUACACGCGUUAGAAGUUAUACUUCUUUGGCGUAUGGGAAAUACUAGAAUAUACAACUUGAA